UCUCUGGAAAGGAGGACAAAACUGAUAACAAUUUCCAACAUGGCUGAUAAUAUUGAUAACGGUGGAAAAACUGGGUUUUCGUUUGGUUUUACGAAGAAGAUAGAUUCGAAGAAACUGCAAAAGUCUGUGGUAAGUGAAGAUCUUGCAUCCGAAGACAAGGGGAAAGACUUUGUUUUGUCUCUUGAGGGCAGGGAAGUUAAAAGUACUAAACCUAAGGAAGCCCCAAAACAGUAUGUGAUUCCGUUGAUAAAAGAAAACAACUGGCGAAGUGUUCCUUUGGCAAAUGAACCAGAUAAGAUUAAGCGUGCUGAAGUAGAUGACGUUGCUGUUAAGGAGAUUUUGGAAGAUGCCAGUAAAUUAAAUGAAAAUUGGGAUGAACGAGGAGGAGAUAAAGUAAAUCCCAAUCUUCAAAUUCCAUUAUUAAUGAAGAACAAAGUUCCAGAAGGCUUUGAAACGGAUGAAAAAUUAGAUGUUUCCUUGCGACCUGAUGCACCAGAUGUGGUAGAUUAUGAUGAAAUACCCAUAGAUCACUUUGGAAAAGCAAUGUUACGAGGAAUGGGAUGGGCAGAAGGAAAAGGAAUUGGAAAGAAUACUAAGUCUGUCGCUCCAGUCGAAGCAAUUAUGAGACCGAAAGGUUUAGGUUUGGGAGCAGAUCGAAGUCAAGCACUACAAACCCAAGACAGAAAUGGCAAAUCAUCAAACAGUAAUGAAAAUAACGAAGAAAGCCAGUUGAAAAUGAAACAAGGUGCCUACUGUACAUUCCUGAAAGGUCCAUGUAAAGAUCUUUAUGGUAUCAUUCAAGGGUUAGAUGAAGAUAAUGCUAGGGUUAUGGUAAAAGUAGCACUCACUGGUAAAAUUGAAACAGUCUCACAAUAUUCCAUCAAAUUAGUCCCGAAAAAAGACUAUGACAAAUAUUCAAAAUACCUAAACAAAGGUAAAGCCGAUAAGUAUAAAGAGAAGGAAGAGGAAAUGAAGAGACAGAAAAAAAGAUCUCGAAGUUCAAGUAGCAGUGAAAGUGAUUCCAGUGACGAUGAUGAUGAUGAUGUAAAGAUAAGUAAGAGUCCUAGCAAGAGCAGGAGCAGAAGCAAAAGUGCACAAAAAAGCAGAAGUCCAAGUCAAAGUCCAAGAAAAAGCAGAAGCCAAAGUCGAAGUAAAAGUCGAAGCAAAAGUCGAAAGGAGAAGAAGAUAAGUAGAAGUCGGAGCAAAAGUCCAAGUAAAAGUCCAAGUAAAAGUCGAAGCAAAAGUCGAAAGGAGAAGAAGAUAAGUAGAAGUCGGAGCAAAAGUCCAAGUAAAAGUCGGAGUAAAAGUUCGAGCAAGAGUCCUAGUAAAAGUCCAAGUAAAAGUUCGAGCAAGAGUCCUAGUAAAAGUCCAAGUAAAAGUCCACGUAAAAGUCGAAGCAAAAGCAAAACCAAAAGGAUAAGUAAAAGCCGUAGUCGAAGUCCAAGUAAGCGCAGAAAGAAGACAAGAAAAAUAAGCAGGAGUAGGAGUAGAAGCAAAGCCAGGAAGAAAAGUCGUAGUAAAAGCAGAAGUAGAAAGCGAAGCAAGAGUAGGAGCCGGAGCCGAAAGAGAAGUCGCAGUAAAAGAAGUCGUAAAAGAAGUAGAAGCAGAAGUUCGAGUAGAAGCAGCAGAAGUCGAAGUUACAGCAGAAGUCGUAGCAGGAGUAGAAGCCGUGGUUACCGUCGCAGGAGUAAAAGUCCAAGAUAUAAUAGCUCAUACAGAGAUAGAAAUUACCACCCUUAUAGAAAUUACCAACCAUAUAACCGGAAUUACAAUAGACAUUACCAGGAUAAUAGACAUUUCCAGGAUAAUAGAAAUUACCAGGACAAUCGAUAUUAUCAAGACCGGAGAAACUAUCCGGAUAGACGGAAUUAUCAAGAAAAAAGACGACGAUAUGAUGACUACCAAGAGGAACGACAUGAAAAACGAAAACGUCGGUCAUCUUCAAAAGCAGAAGAAGCAGUGGUCCCACCACCAAAACCCUGUGGCGGAAAUUGGGUUCGAGCAAAUAUGAGAGUUAGAGUAAUUGAUAAAUCUAUUGACGAAGGAAAACAUUUUAAAUCAAAAGUAGUAGUGGAAGAAGUGGUCGGUGUAGAUAAACUUACCUGUAAGACAGAAGAUGGUACAAUUUUAGAAAACGUGAAGGAAUCUGCAUUAGAAACUGUCAUUCCUAAAAGUGAUCCUGCCUAUGUUGUAGUUUUGUUUGGCAAGUACAAGGGUUACAUAGGUGAGAUCAUUAAGCGAGACAAGGAAAGAAGUAAGGCAAUGCUAGAGUUGUUAAAGGAUCGGGGCACGUUAAUUAACCUUGAAUAUGAUUCCAUUUGUGAAUAUGUAGGUGAAGUGGAUACAGAAUAUGUUUUUUAAUACACUAACUCUUAAAGUUAAAUAUAAAAUGGCCUUUUUUGUGGAUUAGAUUUUAAUGGCAUAAGUACAUUGUAAAACUUGUCCUGAAUGGCGAUAACUUAUGAAAUCAAAAUAAGUUUUGAAAUCAAUGUAUGAAGUUUUAAAUUAAUUUAUCAGAAAUUCAUAAGUUUAAUAAGUACCAUGAUUAAAAUGUAAUCUAAACGAGAUGUGUAUGAAAUGAAUCUGUAAAAGACUUUUAUAUGCAAGUUUGUUCAGGGAAUCAAGCAAACCCCGGACAUUUACCGGUAGCUGGAUUAUUCUGAUAAAAGUAUUCAUGAUAGUUUUGUUAAAAUUUGUUGAUACACAUUUGAACUACAGAUGUUUUGUUUCUAUAUAUUUUAAGGGUAUUUGAUCUAUAUUGUGUUUAUGUAAAAUAAUUGUACAUUUACUAUUUGUGUAAGUAUUCAAGAUGAUCACUCUAAUAUCACUCAUGUUUAGAUUGUUACACUUUUUUUGCGUAUAUUGCACUAGAUUGAUAGUAUUGAGUAAAGGAUAGAUUUAAUGGGACAUUAUCACAUCCAUACGGUAAAAUCUUGAUAGUUCAUAGUUGGCACUGUUAACAUAAAUUUGAGGCCAAUAUGUGUCUUAUAGAAUGUUAUAAUUGGUGUCUUUCACCUUUUAAAAACCUAAACCUUUAUUUUAAUCUGUACAUGUACUUGUAUAUACAUGCCUGUACAGAUAAGAUAACAUGUGAAAAUGGACUCAACGAUAUUGUCUAAACUCUGUUUGACUGAUAGCCUGAAAAGAUUCUGUUUGACUGAUAGCCUGAAAAGACGUAUGUUUAAAUUCUUAGUUUGAAAAGUGACUAUACUUAGUGACAAUCAGAAUGUUAAAAUCUUGUCAUGUAGUCUGUAUGUGGUGUUUAUGGACCUAUUUAUCAGACCUUCAUUCAAAUUGAUUCUAGUAUGGAUCUGUUUUGUAGUUGAAUUGUGAUCUUUUAGUUACAUAUAUGUAGGUGUAUGUUUUUAGUUGUAGCAAUUUAAUAUUUAUAAUGACAUAACUGAAAUUUAAGAGUACGCAUUGUUUUCAGGGUUAGCUGUGCAUACAAAAAGUGUUGCAAAUAUAUAUUGAGUGAAAAAUACCACAAUUGAAUUGUGCUAAAAAUUGUGGCCUAAUUUGAUUUUUUUUUUUUUUCUUAAGCAAGAUGCAUCAAAAUCAAAGAGCAUCGCUACCCCUGAUUUUGUGGUUUAUGGUAAUAUAGUUCACUGCAAAUAUAUCGCUGGUAAAAAGCUUAAAUAUAUUGAAUAAAAUAUUGUAAAAUGAUGAAUUUGAUUCCAUUUUAAUAAAAAUUCUCUGCUUUACUAUACA